AUGGCACGAAACUCGGAGAAGGCGCACUCGAUGCUCUUCCGCUUCCGCGCAGCUCAAGCUGCCGAGGCUGGAAUCAUCGACAUCUCACGCACCCGCCGCCCCAAGCUCAUCACAGCCGUCAACCAGAUCCCCGUGUGCGAAAAGUGGCGCGGCCAGGUCCUCAAGGAGAUCUCGCGCAAGGUGACCAAAAUCCAGGAUGAAGCCCUUUCAGACUACCAAAUCCGUGACCUCAAUGACGAGAUCAACAAACUCAUGAGGGAAAAACACAUGUGGGAGAGCCAGAUCAGGAAUCUGGGUGGGCCUAAUUACAUGAGAGGUGGGCGGGUACUGGACGAGGAGGGACGCGAGGUUCCGGGAGGAGGCAAGGGAUACCGAUAUUUUGGACGAGCAAAAGACCUGCCGGGUGUAAAAGAGCUGUUUGAGAGGCAGAGCAGACCAGAGGAUGACAUGGACAAGGGCCGCGAGAAGAGGAGCGAACUCAGGCAAAAGGUGGAUGCGGGCUACUAUGGCUACAACCUGGACGAAGAGGACGGCACACUGCUCGCAUACGAGAAGGCGAAGGAGAAGGAGGCAUGGGAUAACUUCAUGCUACUCGACGACGAUCUCACCGACAAACCUAGCAAGGCGCAGAGAGAAUGGAUGGAGAUACCAGGCGACGCGGGUGAUGGCGUGCGGUGGCGCGUACCCACACUCGAAGAAGUCAACAACGAGCUCGUGGAACGCAGGCGAAGGAAGCUCCUCGAGAAGCUCGGCUGA